GGGCCGACUCCGCGGCGGAAGCGCGGCGAGAUCCGACCAAGCGGGCGCUGAGCUGCCGCCGCCAUGAUCAUACCCGUGCGCUGCUUCACCUGCGGCAAGAUCGUCGGCAACAAGUGGGAGGCCUACCUGGGGCUGCUGCAGGCCGAGUACACCGAGGGGGAUGCUCUGGACGCACUUGGCCUGAAGCGCUACUGCUGCCGUCGCAUGCUGCUGGCCCACGUGGACCUGAUCGAGAAGCUGCUCAAUUAUGCACCUCUGGAGAAGUGAGGGUGCUGGGGCCCGCCCGCCGGGCUCCCCCGGGGCCGCCGGUGUCUUGCCUGGAGUUCCUGCCCGUGACUUGUAGGCAGCAUGGAGCGCGUCCUGGCGCCGCCCGCGGGCGUGUGUCUUCCGCUCCGGGAGGAACCAUCCAGUAAAGGUCUUUGCAGAACCACAGGCAGGUCCUAA